GAAGACUUUAAAUUUAUAGGUUGACUAUUAUGAUCUUCGAACAAAAUGACCUUCUGCACUGCAUUAUUCAAUGGAUUGUGAUUCACUCUCAAUUUACUCAUUUCCGUUCAUCUGCAUAUUCCCUUUUUCUGUAUCCAUCUUCCAUUAAAUAGUUUUUCAUCUAGAUUAUCUCAGCACUAACUCAUUCCCAUUCAUCCACCCCAUUUUCUACCAUGGCUGUUCAAUUGAUUAUCGAUGCUGCUCUGUCCAAAUUCUUUGAGAAGACUUUUGACAAUUUAUUUUCUCGUUUUGGAGACAUAUUUCGUGGAGACAAAAGUAAAAAGAAACAGAUAAGCAACUUGAAGGGGAAGCUCCUGGCCAUUGAUGUUGUGGCUGAUGAUGCAGAGCAGAAACAGUUCACAAAUCCACGUGUGAGAGAUUGGCUUCUCGCAGCCAAAGAUGCCGUGUAUGAUGCAGAGGAUCUCCUGGAGGAAAUAGAUCAUGAUGCUAAAGAGGUUUGGAAUCCCCUCACUUCUUUUAUCAGUUUCUUUGAAAAUAAAUUUAAGACAAGGAUGGAACAACUCAUUGAAGACCUAGAAGAUCUUGCUUCACAAAGCCGUGUUCUAGGUUUGAAAAAGGCUGAUGAUGUUGGGGUCUCAGGAUGGGUCAGUAAAUUACGAUCAACAUAUUUGCCAAAUGAAAGUGUUAUAUAUGGCAGAGAUGAUGACAAAAAAUUUGUGUUUGAGUGGCUCACAUCUAACACUCACAACAACCUGUCUAUACUUUCUAUUGUGGGAAUGCCUGGGGUGGGUAAAACCACUCUUGCCCAACAUUUAUUUAAUGACCCAAGGAUGGAUAAGAAUAAAUUUGAUGUCAAAGUUUGGGUCUGUGUUUCAGAUGAAUUUGAUGUUUUCAAGGUAUCAAGAGCAAUUCUUGAGGAUGUUACGGGAUCACGUGAUGAUAGCAGAGAUACAGAAAUGGUUCACAAAAGAUUGAAAGAAAAAUUUACGAAGAAAAAAUUUCUUCUUGUUUUGGAUGACGUUUGGAAUGAAAAUCAAUCUAAAUGGGAAGAGGUGCAAAAGCCUCUUGUUUUCGGAGCCCAAGGGAGUAAGAUUCUUGUCACUACACGUAAUAAGGAAGUUGCUACUAUCAUGCAGUCAGAGGAACACUACCUAGAACAACUAGAGUACAAGCAUAGCUGGAGAUUGUUUGCUAAACAUGCAUUCCGAAAUGAUGAUACUGAACCAAAUCCAGAGUACAAGGACAUUGACGUCAAGAUUGUUAAAAAAUGUAAAGGAUUACCUCUUGCCUUGAAAACCAUGGGUAGUCUAUUAUACAACAAAUCAUCUGUUUCAGAAUGGGAAACUGUGUUUCAAAGCGAAAUAUGGAAAUUUUCACAAGAGCGUUGUGAUAUUGUUCCCGCAUUAGCAUUGAGCUAUAUCCACCUUCCAUCUCAUUUGAAGGUCUGCUUUGCUUACUGUGCACUAUUCCCUAAGGAUUAUGAGUUUAGAAAAGAGGAUUUGAUUCACUUGUGGAUAACUGAAAAUUUCUUACACAGUCAUCAACAUAGUAAGACUCCCGAAGAAGCUUGUCAACAAUACUUCAAUGAUUUAAAAUCAAGGUCCCUCUUUCAACAAUCAGGUGAAAAGAAAGAAGUAUUUGUCAUGCAUGACCUUCUAAAUGAUUUGGCAAAAUAUGUUGCUGGAGGCAUAUAUUUCAGAUGCAAAAUUGAUCAAACAAAAAAAAUACAAGAAGUAACUCGUCAUUUUUCAUUUGAACUUGAUUGCAACAGAGACUUUGAAGGGCUUGGAACUUUAUAUAAAACACAAAGGUUACGUACAUUUAUGCCAACAGAGACUAAAGUGAUAAAGGUGCCAAAUUUGAAAGAGUUGAAGAAUCUUAAAGUAAUGAUGAGUUCCUUUAAAGUUGGCUGUAGUAGCGAGUUGGGUAUUCAACGGUUAGGAGAGCUCAACAACCUUCAUGAAAGCCUAUCAAUUGACGAGUUGGAGAAAAUUGAGAAACCCCGGGAUGCAUCAGAUGCAAAUUUGAAGAAUAAUACACACCUUAUGAAGCUAGAGUUGAAAUGGAAUUCAAAGAGGGAAGAGAACUCUAUUGAUUCAAAAAAAGAAGAGGAUGUAAUUGACAAGUUGCAACCUUCCAAAAACUUAAAGGAGUUAUCAAUCUUUAGCUAUGGAGGCACACAAUUUCCAGAUUGGUUACUAGAAGAUUCAUUGUGGGAGAUGGUGUCCUUAGCGUUGAAGGAAUGUAAAUCUUGCCAAAGUUUACCUCCACUUGGACUUUGGAAAUAUCUAAAGGAUUUGAAGAUUGCAGGACUUGACGGGAUAGUGAGUAUUGAUGCUGAUUUUUAUGGGAACAACUCUUCUUCUUUUAAUUCCCUUGAAAAUUUAGAGAUCUCUGAUAUGAAACAAUUGGAAAAAUGGGAAUGUAAAGCUGUGAGAGGUGCUUUCCCAAGUCUAAAACGUCUUUCAAUAAGUAAUUGUCCCAAGCUGGAAGGAGAUCUGCCAGAGCAACUUGUUCCUUUAAAUGAUCUAAAGAUUUCUCAAUGUGAUCAAGCUUUAACUGUUACUGCUCUAAAAGUGCGAUGGCCUACAAUGAAACGUCUAAAAAUAGACGGGGACAACUUGGAAGCAUCAAUGGUGAAAAUUGUUUGGCACUUCACUUCUCUUGAAGUCUUAGACAUUAAUUCACACUCGAAGGCAAACAGUGAUGAAUCUGUCUCUCCGUGGACCUUUCCUCUACAUUUCUUCCCAACAUUAAGUACGCUUAAUCUCAGAGGAUUUCUUAAUCUGCAGAUGAUCUCACAGGUUGACCGUCAUAAUCAUCUCAAGCAUCUGACAAUCGAAAAGUGCCCAAAAUUUGAAUCAUUGCCUGAAAGCAUGCAUACAAUGCUUCCAUCUCUCAUGAGGCUAAGCAUAUAUGAUUGUCAAAAACUUGAGUCGUUCCCUCACGGAGGUUUGCCACCAAAUCUAAAUUUCGUGAAACUCCAGAAUUGCUGCUCCACACUUAUUGGCUCGUUGAAAGGAGCUUUGGGAGCCAAUACCCUGAAAAGCUUGUGGAUUGGACUCGUGGAUGCAGAAUGUUUUCCUGUUGAAGGUUUGCUUCCCCUCUCUCUUACUUCUCUACACAUCUAUCGUUUUGAAAAUCUAAAAAAUUUGGACUACGAGGGUCUUCGUCAACUCUCCUCUCUAGAAAAGCUGAGUCUUCGUGAUUGCCCCAAUCUCGAACGCUUACCGGAGAAGGGUCUUCCCGAAUCAAUUUUACAAUUUUCAAUUUCGGGUAAAUGCUCUUUACUCAAACAUCGUUGUCAGGAAGGAGGGGAAGACUGGGAAAAGAUUGCACACAUCCAAAACCUCGAUGUGGGAAUGACGAGUGGCUGUCAACACUGAGUUAUCUACUAUUCGAUCAAACAUUCCUCUCUUGAAAUUCGUUUCCCAAAGUCCUACUAUAAAUUACGAUGACAUUGCUGGCUAGUUUUUGAUAUAUUGUUUGGUAAUUCCAAGAAUUUACUUCUAAAUACUCAAUUGUUCUUCAAUUUGGAAAUGCUUAAUAUCAGUUAGAACAUGUGAUUUUAGCUAUUUUGAAUUGUUUCAUAUUGUGG